ACGUGUCCUUCGUUUCACCGCCAUUAUAACCAAACCCUACAAAUUCCUGAAUUUUCCCUCUUGCUUGUUUCCUUUACCGAUUCCUUCCGGCAAAAAAAUCGAAAACGUUAAUCGGACAGGCCUAAUAGCCAACCGACUCUUAACAAAUGAACGCGACAAUGCUGAGGCUCAUGUCGAAGAGACUGCUCGGGCAGGUGCCGCCGCAGCCCGCUCAAAUCCUGCCGCGUUUCUACCACGAGAACGUCAUCGACCACUUCAAUAACCCACGCAACGUCGGGUCCUUCGACAAGAAUGACCCGACGGUCGGAACGGGGCUCGUCGGUGCACCAGCCUGUGGAGAUGUGAUGAAGCUGCAGAUUAAGGUUGAUGAGAAGACUGGAGAGAUUGUUGAUGCUCGCUUUAAGACUUUUGGUUGUGGCUCUGCUAUUGCCUCCUCUUCUGUUGCUACUGAAUGGGUGAAAGGAAAGCAAAUGGAAGAAGUUUUAUCCAUAAAAAACACGGAGAUUGCAAAGCAUCUUUCUCUUCCACCAGUGAAGCUUCACUGCAGCAUGCUUGCAGAGGAUGCCAUCAAGGCAGCUGUGAAGGAUUACAAAACAAAGCGUUCAAAAUCAAAUGGCAGUCUUGAUGCUGCACCUAUUGAACAAGCUGCUCAAGCUUGAAGAUGUCUCAUGUGUAUAUGAUAAUGAGAAUGUUAAUCCAAUAGUGUUAUCUUGUAGCUAAAAUAAUGGAUUGCACCUAAACUCAAUUGUAUCUGAGGCUUGGGUUCAACUCAUGUCUAGCAAUUGUUUGUUACAAAUUGGUGGUGUUUAUUAUGAAAUAGACGUUACAUGUGUGAAUUAUGUUCUCCAUGUUCAUGUUGGUGGAAACUAUUGGUUGGAUUGGAUCGAAGA